UUGAGGUGCUGAGCAUCUGCCCGCUGACCCGCCCGCCCGUCCGCCCUCUGGCCCGGGAUCAGCGGCGUCGUUCUUCGUGGUUUCUUGCUCGGGCUCCACUGCCAUGCAGCCGGCAGCUGCUGCUGCGGCUCCGGCUCCGGAGCAGCCAGACUCUGCUGCCUCGAGCGCCGAGCCGAGCGAAGAAGGACUUUCGUGGUGGGAAGCGAAGCCGCUGCCCCCGAUGCUCCGUGAGCUGAGUUCCUUCGCUGGCCGGGCGGUGCUGUGCCUCGCGCCGAUCUACCUGGCCGGCUACCUGCAGCUCAGCACGGUCUGGGUGCUGAUCGGCUUGUUUUUCUGGAUGUGGUGGAGAAGGAAUCGGCGAGAGAAGCAAUCCCGGCUCUUGGCAGCCUUCGGGCUGGUUGAGGAUGAGAAGCAAGCCAUCAGCCAAGGAAUCGCCCUCCAGCAGCUCCCGGCCUGGAUUGUUGAACAGUUCUGGCCAUAUUUUGGAACAAUUAUGGAAAAGACAUUUAAGGAAAUCCUUGAACCAAAAAUCAGAGGAAAGAAUGUACAUCUGAAAACAUGUACAUUUACUAGAAUCCAUCUUGGAGAUAAGUGCCCUAAAAUUAAAGGAGUGAAAACCUAUACCAAAGAAGUUGAUCGAAGACAAAUAAUCCUGGACGUGCAAAUAUGUUAUAUAGGGGAUUGUGAAAUUCACAUGGAGCUCUCCAAGAUUAAAGUAGGAGUGAAAGGACUACAGUUGUAUGGAACGUUACGAGUAAUUCUGGAGCCACUUCUGACAGAUAUACCCUUUUUUGGAGCUGUAACCAUGUUUUUUCUGCAGAAACCCCACUUGGAAAUCAAUUGGGCGGGGCUAACAAACCUGUUGGAUGCUCCAGGCAUUAGUGUAUUGUCGGACUCACUAAUUCAAGAUCUCAUUGCUUCCCGGCUGGUGUUGCCAAAUAGAGUCACAAUCCCAUUGAAAAAGAACAUGGAUGUGGCUCAGUUGCGGUUUCCUAUUCCAUGUUGGUUUCCCUUGAGCAAGAUAGAAAGUGGGCAUGUCCACUUAAAGCUUGAGUGGUUUUCUCUGGUCACCAAUCAAGAGAAACUUAGUGAGGGUAGGAAUGGUCUUGCCACCGGAAUGCUCAUCGUGUAUUUGGACAGUGCUUUAAACCUUCCUAAAAAUCAAUUGGAAUAUUCCAAUGGUGAAUAUGGAGCAAAGAAAUACAGAAAAGACAGGUAUCUCAAGAAGAUAGAAAGAGAACCUUCUUCCUUUGUCCUGCUCACAGUGGGCAACAAAACUCACAAAAGCAAGACUUGUAAUUUCACUAAAGAUCCUGCGUGGAGGCAGGCCUUCACUUUCUUUGUCCAUAGUGCUCCAUCUCAGUCUCUUCAUUUGGAGAUCAAAGAUAAGGAGAAGGAGAAUGCCCUUGGGACUUUGGUGAUUUCCCUUGCUCGCUUAUUAAAGAACCCUGAGAUGACACUUGAACAAAAUUUUCAACUGGAUCAUUCUGGUGUGGACAGUUCUAUUAAGCUGAAAAUUGUCCUGAAAGCUCUGGACAUAGAGGUCCCUGAUUCAGAAAACACUAAUAAUGGGGCUAAUGCCUUAAUACAAGUUCCUGCCUCAGCCCCAGAACCGAACGAGGACCAAAACAAGGCACAGCUGCCACCACCUCGUCCUCCUCCUCCACCACCACCACCAGAAGAAGUGCCCAAGGCAGUCCAAGGGAACAAAGAAUCUGAUGUUCCUGAAUGUAAAAGUGACAAAGUGGACAGCAAUGCUAAACUUAAUGGAAAUGAAAAACUGUCAGAGCCCAUUGUCAUAGAGGCAGUUGCUGGAAUCAAUGAACAAGGAGGUACAGAUGGCUUGGACCCCAAGUCCUUGACACUUCCAGAGACCACUAGAGUGCCCCUAACAUUACCAGCUCUGCAGAGACUCCAGAUUGCUCCCAGCCUCGCAUCUUUAGGCACGGAAGCCUCUUCAAUCAUGGAUAUAACUUGCAGCAAUCUGAACCUCAAUAAUGGGACACUUUCUGAUGGAAGGUCUAUGGGAGAGAUUCACAUCACUGUUCGGUAUGCUUCCUUAAGGCAAUCUCUCAUUGUGUUGGUCAACUCAUGCAGAAAUUUACUGCCAUGCUCUCGGCAUGGAGCAUAUCCAUAUGUUCGCAUCUACUUGCUCCCAGACAAAAGAUGGAUAACCCGAAGAAGAACUACUGUGAAAAAAAGAACACUGAAUCCUCGGUACGAUGAGAAAUUUGAAUUUAAUGACACCUUGGAAGACAUUAAGAAACGAGCCUUAGAUGUAGCUGUGAAAAACAGAAAGUCACUUAUUUCACAUGAAAGGAAAGAACUUGGAAAGGUGCUGAUUGACUUAUCAAAGGAAGAUUUAGUCAAGGGAUUCUCCCAAUGGUAUCAGUUGACAGUAAAUGGACAGCCCCAGAGUUGAUUCCAUCACAUCUGAUCAACAGCACUUCAUGUAUAUUUAGAACUUUGAAGGCCGCUAUAAGCUUUUGUAAAUGUUUAUACUUCAGUAAUGCUUAACUUAUUUAACACAUUACUAUCAAUUUCUUAAAAUUCUGACUUUUUCAAGGGAUGAAUUUGGCGUCAUCCUGCAUUUAACUUUUAACAGCAAAGUUUGUAAUAGUAAAUGCGUACUUGAGGAGUUCUCCAAUUGAUGGACCAAAGACAGGUGGCAUCCUGAGGCAGACGGUUCCACUUUCCAUAUUCUCAGGCUCUACUGACCAAGCACUCUUUGUUGCUGCCUAGUUUUUCCUCCCAGCUCCAUCCCAUCACAUAAAGUGCCACAAGUAAACGAGGGUCCACAUCAUUUUGAAAUCACAUUGACGGGUGUGCUAGUUUUGCUUACAGAACAUACUUUUUUUUAGCCUGGAUUAAACCCUCUUUUUCUAGGACGUGAAGAGAUAAAAAAAACCCUUCAUCCCUGCAACUAGAGUCCUUCAAGCAACAUUUCCUCACAUUUCAUUGAAUCCUGUUCUAAGGGAUGCUCUGAUUCUUUUUGAAUGAUCCAAAGGGUUAAGGAAAGGGGAUGACUGACAAAGAGGCCAAUGCUCUAGUAUCUAAUCAUUGCCUUAAAUUUUGUACAUAAAACAGACCAUGUUUUACAUUAUUUAUGCCAAAGAAUCUAAUCCAGAAGCUGUUUGUCUAAAUUACAGAUGUAAUGUGCUUUUAAGGAAUAAACUAAGUUAUGAUAUA